AUUGUUGCCUUGUAGGAUCCAUGCAGACAGCAGUGGGUGUUUUUGGGGGUGAAGCAUACACAGACGGGAUAGAUGUACCUCCUCUAAUGGUUGCAAAUGCUGGAAACAGUGACCAUCCUGCAAUUUCAAGUCUAAACUCCCCACCAUUUAUAGCAGUGGAGCUUUGCCGGGAACAUUUGGGUGUUCAUCCAUGUGACCAAAGGAGAAGCAUUAGCGAGUAUCGGCCUCUUUUUCCUGCAAUUGAUUUUUCACUGAUAGAGAAUGAGGAUGACAUCUUGUGGACGCCUGACGUUAGAGAGUUAAAUGAAGAAGUGGCAGCUAGGGGACUGAAGUUUUUGAACUGGUUGUGGACUCGUAAAGAGAAAGACAUUGCAAUUGUUUCGCACAGUGGAUUCUUGUUUCAUACCUUGAGUGCUUUUGGAAAUGAUUGCCAUCCGUCUAUCAAGAGCGAAAUAUGCACUCACUUUGCUAAUUGUGAGCUUCGUUCAGUGGUAAUUGUCGAUAGGAGUUUGAUGGGGUCUGAUUCUUCAACAACUAAUUAUCCUGGGAAGAUACCUCGGCGGGCCUGAUCUUCCUAGUGACGUUGCCGAUGAGAAGCAUUCGGAGAAGGAUGCUUCCAAGUAAUUAUAGCCAGUCCAUGAUGCUGGAUGGAUAGUCUUACAUAAGUAAUAUGAUUCUUCUGAAGCCCUGAUUUUUCCGGGGCUGGUGGCUCAUUUUUACACCGGAGACGGAAAUUUAGUCGUUUUAAAAGGUUCGGGAUAGACUCGGAUAGUCUCGGGCUAACCCGAAUAUUGUUGAUUGUUUUACAAGUUACUUGUUUUUUAGAUCACACUUUUGUCUUCCUCGUCACAUAGACACAAAUAGCAGACGUUCUUUGAUUGGAACAUACUUAUUUGUUAAUGUCUUAAGCGAUAGCUUGAAGGGCAAGGUUUAUAGUAUGCCCCAAUGAAACUUGACAAGGUGAAUACUUACGAGAACAUUUGAUAA